UGUUCGAAAAUUCUUUUCGUCUGAAUGUUUUAAAAACUGUCUUAACAUAUGUCAAAAGUGUUGGGGAAUAGAAGGUUUAGAAUCAAUUUCAUUCAAAUUAUAUGAGGAUUGUGGAUAGCUACGUUCCUGUGUUGAGUGAACACAAUAUUUUACCGUAUCUUAUGUUGGUCGUGUUGUCAAAGUUUAUGGGAGCUACUGUGGGACACACAGCAAAGUCGCUGGCUCACUGAAGCCAUGUAUAUAAGUUAACAACCCGUCGUGUGUGCUUCUACAGGCAGUCUACUGGGGAUUUUGUUUUUAAUAACCCAUGCAUGAGACUUACGCGUCGCUUGCGUGUGUUCCAAACCGUAGAAGAUCGCAGCCUGGAUGUAGCCCGGUUUCUUGCGUGUCAAAACACGUACUACAGGCUGUGUGCUUGGCUUUACCAGGAAGUCCCGAGAUGUUCAGUGUGGUUGCCUCUUGUCAGUGGUGCGGGUCGGAAUAAGGUGUAGUAAGGAACAUUGUCUAGUCGUUCGGAUGGGGCGUGUUCACAUAAAGAACCCAUGACAAUUGGAAUUCUGAAUAAGAGUAGCCUGUAGCGCCUCUGUCUGUGCAAAAUGUCCUGCAUGAUAACAUAUCAUUAGCCGGAGAAGAGUAGAAUAAUAGGAUGUUUAACGCCAUUUCAUUUGUUACUCGCUGUUUUUUAUCUACAAAAGAUAAUUUAUACGUUGUCAUGUAAAUCAAACUGUAUAUGACACGACCCAGUCCGUGACAAGGAUUAAACUGGAGGAAAUGACCCAUAUUGUAGGCGGCUGGAAAAUAUGUAUAAAAAAAUAGAAUUAUAACAGUUGAAACAGUAAUACUGAGAUUAAAGACGAACAUAGACCCCCGUACAGUGGAACCACACUUUCAGAUCAUCCGUAAUCCGGAGAGUUCGUAAUUUCGACAGAAAUUUUAGGAAAGAUUCUGUUACAUCCGCCGUUUUUUUUCUUAAUUUAAUAUAAUUUACAAUGGAUGACAAGGAGAACAAACUUCCAGAACGGCCUUUAAGGGAUACUUUUGUAAUUUCCUUUUCCUUCAUGGCUAUUUUCACAUCGUAUAUGGCCAUACAGAGUCUUCAGAGCAGCUUGAACCAAGAAGCUGGAUUGGGCAUUAUUUCCCUGGCGUGUCUGUAUGGCGCUUUUGUCGUGUCCGGAAUUUCGGCCGCAUCUUAUAUCAAGAUUCUUGGCGCCAAACGUUCUUUGGUUAUUGGCUGGAUCGUUCAUACACUGUAUGUAGCAAGCAAUUUUUAUCCAACUUGGGGGACUUUGAUUCCCUCGUCCAUGUUGUUAGGAGGAGCUACCGGACCCAUAUGGACGUCGCAGGGUCUAUAUUUAGCAGCGAAUAGCGAUGCAUAUUCGCGUAUAAAAAAUGAAGGCAUGCAUUCUGCUUUAAGUAAGCUUAAUGGAAUCUUUUUUAUGUGUUUAGAAUCAACUCAUGUGACUGGAAAUUUAAUUUCGUCAUUGGUGUUACGCCAAAGUUCAAAUGCCGAUAAUGCGAACAACGUCACUAGAAUUUGUGGUGCUGACGAUUGUCCAGUAACAGCAAACGCCACCAUUAUUGAACAACCUGAAAAAAGCGUAGUGUAUAUUUUGUUGGGAAUCUUUUUGCUUUGUGAUAUAUUUGGACUUUGUUUGACAGUUUUUCUUUUGCCAAACUUAAAACCUCGAAAAUCGAAUGAACAAACUCUGUCGAAAUCACUUGUUUCUUGCUGCACAACUUUAGCGGAUAAAAAGAUGAUGCUUCUCAUCCCUUUAUUUUUUUCCCAGGCCAUGAAUCAAGGAUUGCUAUUGACAGAAUAUACUAAGGCGUACAUCAGCUGCUCAUUAGGUGUUUCAAUGGUCGGUUUCAUAAUGGCAUGUUACGGCGGAAGUACGGCCAUCUUUGCUAUACUGAUUGGACAUCUAGCUCAAUAUACCGGACGAUAUUUUUUGUUUAUUCUGGCGAUGUGUGCAGAUAUGACAAUGUUAUUAGUCUUUUAUUUUUGGAAACCAAAUGAACAUCAACUAUAUCUAUUUUUUAUAAUUCCAAGCAUCGGAGCCCUUUCGGAGGCCAUUUAUCAGGCUCAGUUUAACUCUUUGAUAAGUAUUUUAUUUCAAGAAAAGAUUGACUCAGCUUUUGCCAACUAUUAUACAUCAAAGGCAUUGGGUUUUGCUGCUACUUUUAUCACUGGUGUUUUCAUGUGCCUGAGAAUUAGACUAUUUAUCGCUGUGGCAUUGGUUGUAAUUGGUUUCCUUGGUUAUGUGGGAUCGGAAUUUCUUUAUUCCAAAACAAAACUUUUACAGAAUCGAAAGGAUGAUAAUUAUGCUUCUAGGGAUGAACAAACACGUUUGUAGAUUAGAACUGUGCACAUGGUAACAACGAUUCACCUAUAAUUACUGAUAUUUCAAAUUGUAUAUCAAUAAUUCCAACCAUAUUCAAGCUUGAAGUUAAACAUUAGAUUGACACCCUUGAAUGUAAGGACAACAGCAAUAAGACAUCCAAACUGAUAUAACGCCACAUUGAUAUAACGGCAUAUUGAUAUAACGUCAAAAUUGAUAGAACCCCAAUACUGAAAUAAUGUCAGAAUUGUUAUAACGUUAAAAUUGAUAUAAUAUAACCCACAUUGUAGCCCAAAAUGGAAAUUUCUUGGAUUCUGAUUGGUCGAAAAGUGGCGUCGAAUGAGUAUAACAGUCCUCUAAAUUUCCUGGGCGACUCACUGCAAAUGAAUAUUUUCUGGGUGCUAGACUCUGUUUGCAGUGGCCAAAAAUUCUACACCUCAAAACUUUAUUCUAGGAAAUCUUCAUGAAUUUGUUCUUGUAUAUCAUCAACAAUGAAAUUCAACCAUUGGCUUAUUGAAACACACACCUGAAACACACAAAACAAAGUUAGGGAGUGUAUUUGAAAGAUAAUAAGUAAAUUUAAUUUCAAGGCUGGUCUGACAAUAAUGGUUGCUAUGGUCACUCUAUCAGUCUAUCAUAAUUAGACUGGUCAAAAUCGAAGAUUUUCAACAAGUGAAUAAAAAUACUACAAUUUAUUGAACUCCGUAUGGACCGUAAUAUAUUUUUAAUAAUAUACAAGUCAGGCUGAUACUGAUAUGAAUAGGACAGAGACUAAUUUUCAUACAGAUGCACAGGCCAGGGUUUUUUGCGAAGAAAAAACAUCACAUUCAUUCACAGCGUCGAAAUGACAACGUAAACAAGCAUAGCAACCACAUGCGUACAGUACACAGCAUAUAUCUACACGGUCACACGGGUAUAUGGACAUUUAUCAAACAUGAUAUGCAAUUUAUUUCGAACCUAGUCACCGCUGGAGUUUAAAAUCAUUUAAAAAGUACAUAAAAUACACUUACGAUUUCUGUUUCGAUCUUUGAAAUUAUCGCAGAGUGACCUCCCUUUCCAAAUAGACACAAUUAACCAGUCGCUGUGUGAACCAAAUAGAAUGGAAAUGAGUGUUUAUCUUAUUACGUCACGGAUAUUUUCAUUACGUCAAAAAAUUUUCCUUGGUAUUUACGUCAUUAAAACCAAAAAACGACCGUCAACUAUCGCGAAAGAAAGAAUUCCUAGAAAAAUGUUAAAUAUUUUGGGCUACAAUUUCGAUAAACACCUCCUGUUUAGAAUUUAUCGGACUGUUAUGAUCGAGCGCCUCUAAUGAAAAAUUUAAGCGGUAUCAAAUGGACAAUAACAGUCCUCUAAAUUCUAAACAGUCGGUGUUUAUCUCCUAAUUGAUAGAGCAUCACAAUUAAUAACGCCACAUUGAUAUAACGUCAAAACUGAUGCUACGUCAAAAAUGAUAUCACGCCACAUUGAUAUGACGUCAAAAUUGAUAUAACGCCACAUUGGUAUAACGUCACAUUUAUAUAAGGUCAAAAUUAAUAUAAUAUCGUCACGUGGAUAUAACGCCACAUUGAUAUAAUGUCAAAAUUGAUAUAAUGUCGUCACUUGGAUAUAACGUCACAUUGAUAUAAAGUCAAAAUUGAUAAAACGCCACAUUGAUAUAACAAAAUAUAUGGAAGCGUAUUUGGGUCACUACUUAUUGAGAUAAUAUCGCAACA